AUGUCCCUUGCGAGUGACAUUAGAGAACAUCGGGAUAAGGAAGCGUUGGCGAGCGAAAGUGAUGGACGAUAUCGAGAAGGUCAGGAUAAAGAACUGGAGAAGGGAUACUAUGGACAAAGACAGGUGGCGGGAGAUGAUCAACAGGCAUGUACUAACCAGCUUGACACAUCAAAACCUCAAAAAGAUCCAACAACUAUUUCAUUAAGUUUAUGGACAAGUUCAUUUAUUGCUGUUGAACGUCUGUUAAUUGAAUGUUUUAAUUAUAGUUUGUAUCGAACACGAAAAUAUUCUUUUAUUUUUUCAAUGAUAUUAUUUAAUUUAAUUUUUUUAACACAUAUAACAGAGUUUAAACGACGUAAAUUAAAACCAGAUCCAAUAUCACCAAACAUUUAUAGAUGUACGUAUGAUCAUUUUGAAUGGUCCGAUGAAACGUGGGACAUAAUUGAUAGAAUAGGAAGACGAGAACAUUUACAUAUUGGUGUACCAUGUUUCUUACAUUUAAUAUCAACAAUAUCUAUACUAAUACAUAUUGUAAAACAUAAAAUUUAUAUAAAUGAAGCAGAAAAUCAAUUUUGCCAAGUAUUAUUAAUACAAGUAAAAAAACAUAAAGAUUUUUUUAUUCCACCAAUAUUAAUUAUUUUAUGUUCAUUACCACGUUUAUUAUUCGAAUUAAUUACACCUCGAGAUUGUCUCGAAUCCAAUAUGAAAUUUAAAUUACGAAUGUGUAUUGUAUUUCGUUAUAUUUAUUAUUUACCACAAACAAUACCAUUUUUUAUUUAUGUAUAUCCAUCAUCAGUUUAUAUGAAUCAAUUUCAUCGAACAAAAAUUGCAAUUUAUUUAUUUGAAAAAAACAAAACAGUUUUAUCUCAAAAAGAUAUUAUUCGAAAAGAAAAGAAGAUGGUCAAUUUAAAACUUUUUAGAUUCGCCACAGAAAUCAUGUGGACAAUCAGUUUGUACCGUGGAAUCAACAGUUGCGACCUGGCUUUAAGGGAAAGACUGAAAGGAUAG